AUGGGAAGGGCCAAGUCUGGGAGGGGCUGGGGUCCUGGUCCAGCCAGAUCCUCUUCUGUGGGCUUUGAACGUAGCAACGGGUUCCAGGUGGUGGAAAUAGAGCGGGACAGGGACGCCUCGACAGUGGGGGGCAUAGGUCACAAGCUUGGAUAUUUGGACCCCGGGGACCCUAGUGACCUCCAUCUCCGUCCCUCAGCCUGGCCAGCCCUCUUUGGCCUCAACUCUUCUCAGGAGGUUCAAGAAACCAUGCAGAUUCCGAACAAUGGGAAUGCACCCCUGCUGGUGGGCGUGCAGGUGUCCGUGUCCAACGUGUUUAAUGUGGACAUCCUGCGGUACACUGUGUCCUCCACGCUGCUGCUCCAGCUGUCCUGGCUGGACACUCGCCUGGCCUGGAAUACCAGCGUGAACCCGCGGCGCGCAGUCACACUGCCCUGGGACUCAAUCUGGAUACCCGGACUCACCAUCCGGGAGGCGCUCUGGGUAGAAUGGAAGGACCAGAGCCCGCGGGCCCGGGUGAACCAGGAUGGCCACAUUAAGCUCAAUCUGGCCCUCACCACAGAGACCAACUGCGACUUUGAGCUCCUCCGCUUUCCCCGGGACCAGAGCAACUGCAGCCUCAGCUUCUUUGCUCUCAGCAACACGGAAACGGAACUGCAGUUCCGGGCCCAAGCGGUGAAUGAGAUUGUGAGUGUCAAGAGGGAAUAUGUGGUUUAUGACUUGAAAAUCCAAGCCCUACCCCAGCAGUUGGCGCCCUGCUUCCAGGUGACGCUGAGCCUGAAGAACACAGCACUGAAGGCCAUCAUAGCUCUGCUGGUCCCUGGGGAGGCGCUUCUGUUGGCUGACGUGUGUGGGGGGCUGCUGCCUCUCCGGGCCACUGAGCGCAUCGCAUACAAGGUGACGCUGCUGCUGGGCUACCUCGUCUUCCACUCCUCGCUGGUGCAGGCCCUGCCCAGCUCCUCGUCCUGCAACCCACUGCUCAUUUACUACUUCACGGUCCUGCUGCUGCUCCUGUUCCUCAGUACCAUGGAGACCGUGCUAUUUGCUGGGCUGCUGGCCCGGGACAAGCUUCAGGCUCAGAGCAGCCCCAGCCCAGCCCCAAGAGGGGAACAGCAAGACCAUGAGUGCCCGGGGCCCAGGCCAGAAGAAUACCCUGGAAGACUCAAAGGGUCGUGGAGAAGCUGGGCCGAGGCUGCCGACCACAUCUUCUUCCUUGUGUAUGUGGCUGGGGUGGCGUGCAGCCAGUUCAUCUUUGCUGGCAUCUGGAUGUGGGUGACAUGCAAGUCUGACCCAGCCCCCGGCCAGGCUACACCUCACGGUGGGCCGCCCAAGCCCUAACAGGGAGGGCCAGGGCUGCACACCUCAGGAUGCAGUUUGGUUUCCCCUGGCCAGUAGAGAGCCACGACACGGUCUCUGGGAGAGUGGCAGAGGUGAAAGGUCAUUCUUGUCCCUAACCCAGGAUCCCUGGCCACCCUGAGCUCUCCUCCCCAUUCCCAUACCUAGAGUGUGAAAUAAACCCAUCGCCAAGUGCAAGUGCACCCAGAGGGUCUGCCUUCGCUGAACACUGCUGCUCACUCCGCCCUAAGCAGGCGGGGCUCCACUUUGUGCCCUUGAUGCCCCACCCCAUUUACCAGUCCCCCAGCCCAACUGCUGCUCAACCACUGCGGCUGGGCCCUGGGCCACAAGGCCCUGCCGUGGGAGACAGGGAGACAGAGCAGGAGAGGCAGGUGGCAUAGACCGCCUCCUCCAAUGUCUCCUGCAGCCUGCUGGACCCCAGGGGGAGUGGGGAGCAAGCCUCCUGCCCCAGCCACCCAGGGGACUCCUAGGAGGUGCAGCAUCCCGACUUCAGGAUGGUGAGCUGUGGGGAUGGGGUUUCCUGAGCUAAAUCCAAGAGAGCAUGCCAUGUGUCACCACUCUGCCCCAGGGUCUCUAGGCACCCCCGAGCCCUCCCGACGUCUCCGGGCUGACAGGGGAAUUCUCCACCCCAAGCUCUGAACUGACCCAGAGCUGGCUCAUUCUGCCCUCUGGCCCUUGGUACAUACCAGGCAGCUGUGGGCAAGGCCUGUCUUCCUUCUCACUCCUUUCUGUGGCCAGGGAAGUGAGCCAGGGCUCCGGGGGGAGUGCUGGUU